AUGGCUUACGUCGAUCAAUUCUACCCCAUGGAAAACCCCGAGUGGGUGGACUUUGAUCAAUUCCUGGAUCUUCCCUCAGGCUACGAUGACCAGUCGUCAGCCACAAUCUCGCCUCAGGAUCUGGCACUGCCCUACGAGAGUGAAUUCACCUCGCCGGUCGAUGCCAUGACACCCUUCACCACCACCUAUGACCAAGACUUCAUGGCCAUGGACGGAGGUUUCAUGAACGACCCGGCUGCUCCUUUGUUCGACGAUGCGUCCUUUACGGGAUACAACCCCUACGAUGGCAGCAAUGCGUUCCGGAACAUGGUCGAGGCACAGGCCGCCGCCGACCCCCGCGUGGCCACCAUAAAGGAGAAACGCCGCGAGGCUGCCAUUGCCCUUCAUCUCCAGCGCCUCUGUGAUGCCACUGCUCUUGAUCUCGACAUGUCAUCGGACUCCAACACCAGCUUCUCCUCCCCCAGCUGGUCCGAUUACAUGCGCGAAAGCACAUCGCCCAUCCCCAGUCCCAAAACUACCGCCGCAGAGGCACCACCUCCGGCAGCAAUGGAAAUGGUGCUCGAUCUGAACAUGAACGCGGCAGCUAACGUUCCAAAGAAGCAAAAACCUCGUUCUCAGGCACAGAAGGAGAACUACAUCAAGGCUCGGAAGUAUGGAGCCUGCGAAAAGCACAAGAAGCAACACAAGAGAUGCAACUGCCUGGAAAAGGCCGCCGCUCGCGCCGCUGCAAACGAGUCACCAAACACGGCCGCUUUCCAAGAGCAACUGAGACUUCAAACCUCGGUUCUUCGCGACAGUCGCUACCCAGUCUCUCCAGGACAAGUCCCGUCCUCUCAACUUCAAUCGCUUCCAUCUGUCAAACCGAUCAGGAAGUCUCCAAGCUCAUCCUCUGGUCACGACACGAUAAUCCAACUACCAAGUGUACCACAAGAUGUUGUCAGACCAAAGUCUCAAAAGAGCACUCCACCAGGACGAGAUUCUAUGCCUCCAGGCGUCCCGAGUUUCAACAACAUGUCACCUCAAGACAUGGUUAUCAAAUCGGGCAAGUUGGUUGCAAAGAAUGCGAUUUCGACUCUGGAGAAGACUGCACCACCAGGAAGGAAUGUUUCGAGCGCAUCUGCAGGUCGCGAUGUUGUCCAAUCCAGCAUGCUCGCGAAGAGUUCUUCUGGCCGCGACAUUGUCUCUGGCAAGAAGGCUCUCAGUUCAUCUGCGGGUCACGACAUAAUAAUCUCUGGCAAGAAGUCCAGCACCACCGCCAGCCACGACAUAUUACUAUCCGGCAAGGCCACAGAGACGGCGUCAGCCAACCGCGGCCAUGUCUCAAGUCAAUCCACCCACCCGCCUGGGACAACUCGCUUGCCAAGUGGCUCAAGUCUGCGCUGGCGUGUUUCGUCGUCGAGAGUCUCGACGAGGACCGACAGAGCGACUCCAUCUGGUGUUCCAUCAGCCGUGUCUUGCACAGCUCUGGACGUUCAUUCUCAAAACGUCCGAACUACUGUACCAGACACAAUCUUGUCAGGAGUUGUUCCUGUUCCUCGUGGAAUCCACCCGGGAGGAACUUCUACUGCCCCAGGACUGCAAAGACUGUCGGUAUCGACUCUUCCUGCAGGAAUGCUGUCUCUACCAAGAGACCAAUUUGCCUCGCCACGACGGCUUGGGUUGUCUGGCAGUGUCGAUCGCUCGCCAGAAAUAUUCGGCAACGGCUUGGUGCAUUCGCUCGUUUCUGUUGGCGGUAUGCUUUCUAGUUCUGUCGCGCUUUGUGCGCAAAUUUCGCUUUCUACAACCAACAAGGUUGAAGGAGCCCUCUACCGGGGACUUUCUUUGGCUGGCAGGUAUCUGCUAUCGGCUCGGAAGGCGUUCAAUUGGCAGAUUAUGAGGACUUAG